AUGGAAGUAUGUUGGAAGCUUUCUGGAAAUAAUAGAACAGGUGCCUCAGCAAUGCAUAUUGUAGUAACAUCACCAAAUCGAAUAGUAAUUCUAGAUAAAGCUGAAUACAACCCCGAAGCAAAAUACCCCGACGGCAGAACCGGAUGGACCACAGAAUACAAUAUAGACACCAACGAAUUCAGGAUGUUAAAUCUGGAAACGAACACUUUUUGUUCGGCCGGUGCGUUCUUGGCAAACGGAACGCUGGUCGAAACAGCGGGUGGUCAGAAAAAUGUUAGAGCGAAAGAGGGGUUUUCAAAAAUUCGAUUGUUUUCACCGUGUUCGGAUGAUUCGUGUGAUUGGUUAGAGUUGGAACAUCAUAUGGAUGCUGCUCGGUGGUAUAAUACAAUGCUUUCAUUGCCAGAUGGUCGAGUUUUUAAUUUUGGUGGAAGUACUAAACCUGCAGCCACUAAUGAUUUAAAGAUAAAUAAUCCUACUUAUGAAUUUUAUCCAGAAGUUGGACAAAAACCUUUUCAAUUUCUUGUCGACACUAUCCCUUACAACCUAUACCCAAUAGCACACGUCCUCCCCGAUCGCAACAACACAAUCUUCAUAUUCGCCAGCACAAAAUCAAUCUUAUUCGACUACUCAACUGGAACCGUGAUCAAAAGCUUACCCGAUAUUCCAGGGUUACCGAGAUCAUAUCCGCUCACCGGAUCUUCGGUCUUGCUCCCGCUAACAUACGAGAACAAUUAUCGACCAGAGAUUUUGAUUUGUGGCGGUGGAACGAAGAUGAAACGAGGCGCAAAAGCGGUGGACAAUUGUGGGAGGUUGGAUCUCGGGAUUGAUUUGGAGGGUGGAGUGCCCGAAUGGGAUAUUGAAGAUUUUGGUGGGUUGCCGAGGGUUAUGCCGGAUGCUAUUAUUUUAGCGGAUGGAACUGUGUUGUUUGUUAAUGGUGCUGGUCGUGGGUAUGCUGGAUAUGAUAAAAAAUUCAAACACCAGGCCGAUUUGCCAGUGAAAAAUCCAGUACUCUACGACCCGAAAAAAGAAAAAGGCUCAAGAUGGACUGUACUCGCCCCGUCGGAAAUUCCACGAGUGUACCAUUCGGUCGCCACACUAGUUGCUGAUGGGUCGGUGUUUGUCGCUGGAAGCAAUCCGAAUAAUGAUUACAAUGAUACAAGUGAUUUCCCGACAGAAUACCGAGCUGAAAGAUUCUAUCCACCAUACCUUCUCACCAACAAACCACGUCCCACAAUCCAAUCAGUAGCCGGUGCCGACAAACUCAAUAUCCACCCAAUCCCAAUAACCUACAGCCAAUUACUUGACAUCAAACUCUCAUUCAACGGCAUCCGGUUCACCAAAAACUACACGCCAGAAUUCACCGCCGCAAUAAUGCACUUUGGAUUCGUGACUCAUUCGCAACACAUGUCACAGCGAUACGUGAAACUCCGUGUCUCGAAUAUAAGAAAAGACACGAUGUCGUUGUCGUCAAAGUACACGAUUACUGUGGAGACACCGCCGAAUUCUAAUAUUAUUGCUCCGGGACCGAGUUAUCUUUUUGUGUUGAGUGAUGGCAAUGCAUAUGGGUAUGGAGGGUAUGGAGGCAAUGCUGGGAAUUAUGGAGGCAGUGGCGGAAAAGUCAAUAACAGCAUUGCUUAUGGAGGCAAUGGGGGAAGUAGUUAUGGUUUAAACGAUUCCACAGUAUACAUCCGAGCCUACGAAUUCCCACCACGACCACAAAUCGAAUACUUGUAUUCUAAACCCAUUUUUGACAACGCGGUAAAAGUUCCGCCAGAGAUUCUGUGCAACGACGACUACAAAAAAAUCUCCAAGAUCUAUACUGAUUAUGUGGCCGAUAAUUCGGUCGAUUCGAAAUUCGCAUCGUUGUUUUCGUAUGUGAAUAGUUUGAAGAGUAAUUUGACCGCGACUAGUUCGGGUGUUGCUGUCGCUACUUCGUCAAAAGAGGUUGGGAAUGAUAGUACGUCGAGUGGUGGACGUAGUACUGGUGGUGUCGAAAGAAUUGUUGGCGUUGUUGUGUUGGGGAUUUUGACUUCAUUUGUUUUUAGUUAA